AUGAUCCUCAACCCAAACUUUUAUCACCAUGACCGCGACGACUUUCCUCAAGACUCUCCUCCCCAUCUCCUCCCCCGCCCGCCCUUCCCCCACCAGACCCCCGUAGGCUUCUCGUACUCCGGCCCACAGUACCCCGUCUUCCAGCAGCCCUUCUCGACAUCUUAUCCGUCCCAGGGGCCUUCCCACUCCCAGCAGCAGCAGUCCUUCAUGCUCCAACACCGUUCUGCUCCUCCCCAUGCUCGUCCAUUUCAGCCCUCGCUCCUCAAUGACCCCGCCUUCUCUCCGGAUCCGCGCUCCAAUCCGUACUUCUUCACCAUGAACGACCGCGAGGAGAUCUACCCGGCGAGUCUCUCAGAUAGCCUAUCCGACUACGCCUCCACUGCCCCGGACGAGGAGUCUGAGAUAGACCACAACAAUCUACCUCCGCGCAUGCGAAUGCUUCAGAGCUCGGACUCCAAAGCGCAGCCGCUCUCACAACAUCUUCGCUCGCAGUCUGUCCCGUAUCCUCCCAUUGCCCCUUCAGACGAGAACCUCUCGCGAUCGUAUUCUACGCGAGUUAUCCCGAUCCCUCCUCCCAUAUCGCGAGCAUCGGCCUCAGGUGGCCCCUUCCAACAGCCGUCUUUCCAGGAGCUCUCACAAGAAGACCUGCGCCAAAAUGCCCCAGGUCCGUCUUCGGUGUACACCUCUGCCUUCAUUGCCCCGCGAGAUCUAUGGCAACCUCCUCCCCCGUAUUCCGAAUCUGAGAGCGGGUCCUCGUCCUCGUCCUCGCUGCCCCUUCAUCAAACGCCUGCUUCAUCGUCUUCCCAUCUCCCGAGGGAAGCACAGAAGUCCACCAGCUCGCUAGCCCUCUCCCAAGCGUACGCCCUUGAAAAAUCCUCUCCAUUGCGAAGCCACCCACCUUCGCCUACGGCUGGUCCCUCCAAGUCGCGGCCCCGGGCACAGGCAACCUCCCCCAAUGGCUACCCGGCGGAUAACAAGACUGAACCUAUAGUUCUUCGUCCACCGGCGGCUCAGCGCAACGUAUCUGCGCCAGAUCUGCACCCGCCACCGCCCCAGACCGAGCUGCCCCCACGACCGUCAACAGUCCCGAUUGCAGCGCCCACGAACAGUUCGGUGACCGCGCCUGUAGCACAACGCAAACGCAGCAAGAACGCGAGCACUUCCGCCAUCGCGCGGGACCUCGAUCGUAUCGACGAGCUCGAUGAAUCUGACCCUCUUGGGUUUGCCUGGCACCAUGACGGACCAUACGAGGCCAUUGCGAAGGCGAACUCCUCGCACAAUCAAGAGCAGACCGCCUCCGGUCAAAAACGCGCUGAGCCCCCGAAGCGCAAACCUGUUCAGUACGGCAGUGUCGCAGUUGGUGUCGCCCCCGGACAGAUCUUCCCAUCCAACUCGCAGUACCAGCCUCCGACCCAACGCGAUGUUGCACAGCUGGCCGAGAAUAUGCCGCCAGGGUCGCUUCCUUCGAGUCCGCUCAUGCAGGUGCCAGUGCAGCGGCGAUUGCCACCAUCGGGUGUGCUGCCGUCGUCCCCCGCAUACCACAACAACAGGCACAUGAGCGUGAUGCAGGCGGAGCAGCAGCAACAGCAAAGUUCGCGCACGCCACAGCCGCCCUCGCCCAUUCAGGCAGAGCGCUCGCGCCGCGCAGAGCAGCCAGAACCUUCCCCGCCCCUCCCGAACCCAUACUCCCCCGGCGCCGACUCCAGGUUCCCCGACGGCGUACAGGACCAGCGUAAUAGCCCUCCACGCAACAGCCCUCCGCGUAACAGUCCCCCACGCAACAGUCCUCCGCGUACACGCGCACCCUCCGUCGUACCAGGCCGGCCCGAGCUCCCCUCCUCAAGCGUCGUCCCCCACCCAGACAUCUCCCUACCCCCACCACAGCAGGCCAAGUCCUCUGCUUCGCUCCUCCCGCGCCACCUCCCGAAACGGCUAGUCAUGCCCGCGCCCCUGCAGCCGAACCAGCAGCAGGCGAACCAGCAGGCGCCCGACGGCCGAAGUGCGGCGCACGUCGAGGUGCUCGCUCAGCGCCACACCAGCCAGCCUCCCCCAGCGCCGCCGAGCAUGCAGUCGCAGUCCGGCCGUGCGCAGGAUAUCCCGUUCGGCCAGGGGCCGAAGGUGCUGAGGAAGCGGCAUACAACGGGCGGGGUCCCACUCCCUAUGCCAAUCCAGUUGCCUAUGGCACAAGGCGCGGAGAUCCCGGCGUCGAACACUACCGCCGCGCUGUUCGCUGCGCGGGUGCGGUUUGCGGAGCCGCCGAGGGAGGAGACGAAGGAGGAGCGGAAAAAGCGGGAGAAGGAGCAGGCGAAGAGGGAGAAGGAGCGCGAGAAGAUGGAGAAGGCGCGCGCGAAGGAGCAGCCGGGGGUGUUUGCGCGCGAUCAGGUACGGGAGGCGGAGCUCGCGCGUGAGCGGGAGAUGGCGCGCGCUCAAGCGAGCGCGAAGGCAUCGGCGGGGCGCAAGCUCAGCAAGCGUCGAUGAUUGUUGUGGACAUGGCGGGCAGCCGCUGCGCGUCAGGCGGGUGGCCGCUCGCUAUGAGGGCGCAUGCUCGCCUGCGGGGCAUGCUUGCUCGUCUUUCUUGGUCAUUCUCUUCAUCUAGGUUAUACACUUCCUCAUUCCCUCCGUCUUACCAUCCUGGAUCUACAUUCACCUCCUCAUCCACACCCCUGCUACUCACUGUGAUGAUCCUGCUGACGACACAUCGACGCACAUGUAGCGCAUACGACUCGGACUGGACUCUACCCUGCUAUUGCUGUAUAUCUUCCGCCUCCUUCUCACUGUUGUCUGUUGUACUCGCAUAUCGCCUCCUCAUCCGCAUAGUUCCUCGCAGCACCACUACCGGGCCUCCCCAUCAUCAUACAAGUACGAAUAUACUCACCGGACACCGGUAUUUAUUGCUACAUCCUCUUGCUCAGCGCUCAGCGCUCAGUGCACGAUCC